AUGAAAAUCGCUUUCAGAUCAAUCACUAAUACCAAUUCUCUUUCAAUGAUUCCUCUUAUUCAUAACCUCGCUAUUGCUCUUGUGGCAUCAAUUGUCGGCCACGCCCAAGCCAAAGCCUGUCCACCCCUUGGCCGCGUCCUUCCCGCACCCCGAAAUCCAAGCCAGAAUGGUGCUGUUCGAGAAGCCAUCAUCAAGCUCACAUCCCACCUAGAUGAGACGCUGUCUUCGAAGAUGACAACGAGUGGCAUCUCCAUCGCGGUCAAGUCGGCGCACGAAGGCAAGCUGCUCUUCAACUACCACCACACCCCGCCUGUCCUCUCCGGCAUAGGCACUUCUGCUAUUGAUGAAUACACAAUUUACCGUGUCGGAAGUGUGUCCAAGAUGAUACCUGCAUUGUCUGCGCUGCAGAGCAGUGAGGUUGACAUGCACGCGUCUGUCCUAAAACACCUUCCCGCGCUGGACAAGACAUCAGAGGCUCGGGACUCGAUUCACAGAAUCCCUUGGGAGGAUAUCAGCGUUUCCGAUCUCGCAGCACAUCUAUCUGGCUUACCUCGCGACAACGGCCCGUGGACGGAGAUGGGCCUCCCAGCUGUUCGUAACGGCACCGGACCGACCUGCUCUGGCCUUCCAGGAACCAAAAAAUGCACCGCCAGCGAUAUUAUUGACACUAUUCACCGAAAGGCGCCGGUAGAGCUUCCCGGUGCCACGCCCCUCUACUCCAACAUUGGCUACGCGCUGCUCGCCAUGGUGGUGGAAGCAGCGACAGGAAAGACAUUUGACCAAGUAGCGGAAAAGGAAAUAUUCAAGGUGGCCAACAUGACAAGCACGUCUUUCAAUGGCCCAGUAGAAUCAUUUUCCAAACUUGGCUUUGUACCGAAAGGCGAGUCCACCUGGAACGUCACUUUGGGGGCUUUUGAAGCUGCUGGAGGUUUAUUUUCCAAUAGUGUUGAUAUGAUUUCAUUCAUCGAGUCCAUAAUCACUAACAAGUUCCUCUCACCGAAAAGAACGCGAGAAUGGAUGAAGCCCGCCACACACACGUCGUCCAUGGGAAUGUCAGUCGGCGCACCUUGGGAGAUUCUCCGCAGCAACACCUUGACGCAAGACAAGCGCCUCAUCGACGUAUACACCAAGAGCGGCGAUUUCGGUAUGUACCACGCCCUCAUUGGCGCCAUCACCGACUACGACAUUGUCAUGACGGUCCUCUCUGGUGGCCAGGAAGUCAGCGUCGACCCUGACACGCGCACCAAGAUCUUCAGCACCGUGGCCAGAACUCUGGUGUCAGCCAUUGACCAGGCCUCCAGAGACGAGGCGUCUUCUCCAAAAGGCUACGCGGGGACCUAUCUUGACAAGUCGACAAACUCCACUCUGGAGCUCGCCUUGGAUGAGGGCGCAGGAGUCGCCAUCAAGGAGUUUAUCGUUCGUGGGUUCGAUGCGCUGUCCAACAUGCCUAGCUACAGCCUGAGCGCCGCAGCAACUGGUCCCAGGACAGUCAACGGGCGCAUGUAUCCAGUCGACAUCAACGGCGACGCAGAUUUUGCGAGGACUCAUGCGAGAAGCAGACCCCAUGGCCGAUGUAGCACGUAUACCAUGUGGCGUGCCUAUUUUGAUACUACGACUGCAGCACAAGACGUCGCCAAGGAUGAUGCAUUGUUUUAUGCAGACGGAAGCUGUGAGACGUGGUUCAAUUUUGACCAGUCGUCCUACGAUUACCUCAGCCUAGGCGAGUUUGUCUUUGUACAUGAUAAGAGCGGCAGGGUGGAGGCUGUCCGGAGCCCAUCUUUUGGAGUGACCUUUGGAAAGAGCAAGUAA